AUGGGGGCGCUGGGCCGGGGCCUGCUGUGGCUGCAGCUGUGCGCGCUGGCCGGGGCCGAUUAUAAACUCUGGGUCCCCAACACCGACUUCGACACCGCGGCCAACUGGAGCCAGAAUCGGACCCCGUGCCCAGGAGCCGCCGUGGCCUUCCCUGCUGACAAGGUGGUGUCCGUCCUGGUGCGAGGAAGUCACAGCCUUUCGGACGCGCGCCUGCCCCUGGACGCGGAGCUCGUGCUGGCCCCGGGCGCGGGGUUCAGCGCCGCGGACGCCGGCUCGCACCCCGACUGCAGCGCAGGUGCGCCCGCGCUCUUCCUCGACCCCGACCGCUUCUCGUGGCACGACCCGCACCUGUGGCGCGCCGGGGCCGCGGCGCCCGGGCUCUUCUCCGUGGACGCCGAGCGCGUGCCCUGCCGCCACGACCACGUGGUCUUCCCGCCCGACGCCUCCUUCCGGGUGGGGCUGGGCCCGGGCGCGAGCGCAGUGCGCGUGCGCAGCGUCACGGUGCUGGGCCAGACCUUCGAGCGCGAGGACGACCUGGCGGCCUUCCUGGCGUCCCGCGCCGGCCGCCUGCGCUUCCACGGCCCGGGCGCGCUGCGCGUGGUCCCCGAGGCCUGCGCGGACCCGUCGGGCUGCGUCUGCGGCAACGCCCAGGCGCUGCCCUGGAUCUGCGCGGCCCUGCUCCGGCCCCGCGGCGGCCGCUGCCCCGCCGCCGCCUGCCGCGACGCCCUGCGGCCCGCGGGCCAGUGCUGCGACCUCUGCGGGGCCAUCGUGUCGCUGACGCACGACGCCACCUUCGACCUGGAGCGGUACCGGGCGCGGCUGCGGCGCGACUUCCUGGCCCAGCCCCAGUACCAGGGGCUGCAGGUGGCCGUGUCCAAGGUGCCGCGCUCGCCGGGGGCCCGCGAGCCCGCCGGCCCGGAGCCCGCCACGGAGAUCCAGGUGGUGCUGCUGGAGACCCGGCCCGCGGCGGGCGGCGCGAGGCGCCUGGCCCGGGCGCUGCUGGCGGACGUCGCGGAGCAGGGCCGGGCCCUCGGGCUGCUGUCGGCCGCCGCCCGGGAGUCGGGCGCGCCCGUCGGGGGCGGCUCCGCGGCGGGACUGGACGGGCGGGGGCCGAGCGCCGCGCUCGUGGGCGGCCUGGCGGCGGCGCUGCUGCUGGCGCUGCCGGCCGGGGCGCUGCUGCUGCUGCUGCUGCUGCGCCGCGCGCGGGGGCUCAGGUGGAGGCGGGAUGAGGCCAGCCCAGACCCACCCCUGGGGUUCCACAACCCCGUGUUCGAGGUGGCCAGCUCCUGGGGACUGCCCCCGGAGCCGGUGGACACCAGGAGCACCAGCCAGAGCUGCUUCGUUAACCCGUUAUUCGAGGGCACAGAGGCCGAGGCCUAGCAGUGUGACCAACCCACCCGCCCCUGCUCCUCCCUGUCAGGGAGGGGAGCCGUGGAACCCAAUAAAGGCGUUUCCUGCACUGUCUGGUGGUCGUGGACACCCC